ACAUGCACAAUAUACGUGACUAAAUCAGACAGUAACACAACAAACGGAAUGCAAAGUGCUGUCUGCUGAAACAACGCACAAAUGUACACAUAUUUCAAUUAAUUCUACGGGAAUAUGAGCAACCGUAACAAUCAUGGGACCGGGAUAGAGUCGUGUUAUGCAACAGAACCACUGACGGAGAGGAGCAGCAGAGAGACUGUGCAUUAAAACAAUAAAAUCAACUUGCUGUAGUGUUCAGUCACUCAGCUCAUGUCAUGGCUUCGGUGAAAGUUGCAGUUCGUGUCAGGCCCAUUAACAAAAGAGAAAUCAACUUGGGAUCCACCUGCAUUAUUUCAACAGAGGGAAAAAAGACCAGCAUAACUAAUUUAAAAAUACCAGCCCAUUCUGGGGAGGGAGAGGUGGGACUAGGACGAGAGCGAGUCAAAACAUUCACCUACGACUAUUCCUAUUGGUCAGUCAAUCCAUCCGACCCACAGUUUGCAUCUCAAGAAAGGGUCUUCAGUGAUCUGGGACAGGAUGUUCUCAAGUCAGCUUUUGAGGGUUACAAUGCCUGUAUCUUCGCUUAUGGUCAGACAGGCUCGGGCAAAUCCUACACCAUGAUGGGAGAACCAUCAUGCAAGGGAUUAAUACCGAGAAUAUGUGAGGGUCUGUUCAGUAGGAUUAAGAAAGACGAUGACUAUGGUGUGUCCUUCAGAACUGAAGUCAGCUACCUGGAGAUUUAUUGCGAGAGGGUCCGGGAUCUCUUGCGACCCAGCCCCCAGUACACCUUGAGGGUCAGAGAGCACCCACGAGAUGGUCCCUACGUACAGGACCUCUCCAAACACCUUGUGUCUGACUACCAAGAUGUACAGGCCCUCAUGGACAAGGGGAACAUACAUAGAACGACGGCUUCCACGAUGAUGAAUGAUACCAGCAGUAGAUCACACGCAAUCUUUACUAUCACAUUUACCCAGGCCAAAUUUCUUGAUGACAUGCCCAGUGAAACCAUCAGCAAAAUCAACCUUGUGGAUCUUGCAGGAAGUGAAAGAGCAGAUGCCACAGGUGCAACGGGGGACCGGUUGAAAGAAGGCGCCAACAUCAACAAAUCACUGGUAACCCUGGGCAAUGUGAUCUCAGCAUUAGCUGACAUGUCUUCCAUGGUUGGCCACAGUCCCAUGUCCACGGCCAACAGGCGCAAAUCCAACGUCUUCAUCCCUUACAGGGACUCGGUCUUGACCUGGCUGCUCAAAGAUAGCUUGGGAGGCAACUCCAAGACCAUCAUGGUAGCAACUAUUUCCCCAGCUGACGUGAACUACGGAGAGACGCUCAGCACAUUGAGGUACGCCAACCGAGCCAAGAACAUCAUUAACAAACCAACUAUUAACGAGGAUCCCAACGUGCGGCUCAUCAAACAGCUUAGGGCUGAGAUUGCGCGGCUGAAAGCCUGCCUCACUGGAAUGGAUUCUACUGAUCUCCAAACAGUGGACAAAUUACAAGAAAGUGAAGCUAUGGUAAAAAUGCUGACAGAAGAGUGGGCCACCAAGUGGAAGGAAACACAGAAAAUCAUGAAGGAGCGUACUCUAGCCCUGAGAUCAGAAGGAAUGGGAGUCGUUCUGGAUUCAGCCUUGCCCCAUCUGAUCGGUGUGGAUGAUGAUCUGUUGAGCACAGGUCUUAAGCUUUAUCAUAUCAAGGAAGGAAAUACAACGAUAGGUCAUCAGGAUGCUGAUCAACCGUGUGAUAUCGUACUGUUCGGGGUUGAUGUGCAGGACAAACACUGCUGGCUGAGCAACAACGGAGGGGUAGUCAGGCUCCAUCCCAUCAAGGAAGCUGUGUGCUUAGUCAAUGGUAGCAGAGUCAGGGAACCGUUACAACUAGCUCAAGGCUGCAUUGUGGGUAUCGGUGAAACCAACCUGCUGCGUUUCAAUCAUCCGGAGGAGGCAAAGCGCCUACGCAGAGAAUUAAAGUCUAGAUCCAUGAAUGAUCUCAGCAUGUAUAGAUCCACUGAGAACCUACUGGCAGCCACACUCCGGAACAGUGGAGCUGGCAUGGAAAGAAAACAGCAAGAGGAAUGGGAUAAACUGGAACGCAAGAGAAUUGAAAUUCAAGAGCUGGAAGAGAAGUUCAAGCAGGCCGAGUCGCAGCGGCAGCAGUACCAGAAGAAGCGAGAGUCAGACCUGGAAGUUCAGCAGCAGCAGAUCGAGCAAGUACGCCUGCAGUGGCAGCAUGCCCAAAAGCAGGCCAGCGAGGCGGAGCUGGAGCUUGAAGAAGAGCGCAAGAAGCGGCACCGUCAGAGCUGCGACAUCCUGAAGCAGCUGGAAGAGUACAACCGGGAGAAGGAGCGGCAGUGCCAGGAGUUCCAGGAACGCCUGGAACAGCUGAACAGGCAGCGGGAAGACAGUCAGCAGCGGUGCCAGGAGAUGGCCGCGACACUGGAGUCAGAGAGGCAGCAGGCCAAAGAGCGGGUCCAAGAGGAGAGGCAACGGCUAGAGGAGACUGAGAGGAGACAGGAGAAGAUGCUUCUAGAAAAGGAAGAGGAGCUUGCCGAGGAAAGAGUGAAGCUAGAAGACCGUCUCAGGGAGGAAAGGGAGAGGUUCCAAGCAGAGCUGACGAAAGUUGAAGAGAAGGAAGCAGAGAUGAAGGAAGGCUUAGAGAAGGCCAAGCAGGAUCUCCAGAAGCAACAAGAACAAGUCCAACGGGAGCGGGAUGAAGAACACCACUUCCUGGAGAUAGAGCGGGAGAAGCUGGAAGCCUUGAAGGCCAAGCACGAAGUGGCCCGGAAACUAGCCACGACGAUGGAUGACUCCGUGAAGAACCAGCUGGCCAUGGAGAACCAGCAAGUGGCAGAGGCCUGGGCCAACUUUGACAGGCUGAAGCAGCGACAGUUGGAUGCUAUCGAGGAAGCUGAGAAGAACAUUCAGGCGAAGGCAGAAAUCCGCAUCGACAAAAUCUGGCAGAGUAGGACUGAGUUAGAAAAUGAGAAGACAGAGCUCAGCAUGAGGAAGAGGCAAAAUGAGUGUGCAAUAAAGGCUGCGACAAGCGAAGAGGAGCUUGCGGAUUUGAGAAAGGACUUGGAGAGGAUAGAAGCAGCAGAAAAGAGAAUAGCUACAGAAAAACUGUCCUUGGAAGCCAGGGAAGCAGAUGUAGAAAAGGACAUCGAAGCUGAGUUUGUCGAGCUGGAGAAACAGAAGCGCAGGGAUGAAGACAUUCUGGAAACAGAAUGGAGCAACCUGCUUCAGAUUGAGGCAGCUAAUCUGCAUUAUCUGGAGCAGGAGCUGUCAGAUCGUAAGAUGGCCAUCGAGAAACAGAAGGAGAAGCUGACCAGCACCAAUAAGCAGCUGAAGCAGUUCAACAUGACUCGGAGUCGAACGCUCACGUCCCUCAAUGAUGAGGAUGUCGGCAUCAAAGACGAGAAAGAGCAGCUGCGGGAGAAGCUCCAAGUCCAGGAGUGCAGCAUCCAGGAAGAGCUGUCUGGACUGGAAGAGAGACGGGCAGGACUCAAAGUAAGCAUAGUGCAGGACAACGAGGAAAUGAAAGAGCAGAGGCGACUGCUCGAAGAAGCCGUAGCCACCCAGAACAGCUUGCGGGAGUCGGAGGAAGAACUGAAAAGAGAAACAGAGAAGCUGACUCAUCUCGUGGAGCAAAUCUCCCGGGAAAAGCAGGGUUUGGAAGAGCUGUUGCAGACCGAGAGCUUCAGUGAGAGCAGAUUCAAGGAAGAGCAACGAAAAUUGAAUGAUAAAAUGGAGAUACUAGCCUGGACCCUAUGGUGUAUUUUAUUCUGGGGUGUGAACACAUUUACAAGCAUGACCCUAAUCCUUGCCUUUUCUAUGCUGCGUAAUCUUGUGAACAGUCUGAAGGAGCUGGAAGAACAAACAAAAGAGAAAGAGCACGAUCUGUUGCAGCAAAGAGAGGAGUUUGAACGAGAGAGACAGGCGGAGAGGGACCAGAUUGAGACAGAGAGAGUGAAACUACAAGAACUUGAGAACCAGGAGAGGAUCAGCAAGCUGGUUGAGGAGACGGUCAAGAAGCGACUGUCGGAGGAGAGAAGCGAGCGAGACGAGCAGCUCCAUCAGGACCAUGAGCGAGAUCGGCUGGAGAGAGAGAGGCAACUGGAGCAACUCAAGAGAGAUCACCGGCAAGAGAUGGAGCAGCUUAAGAAACAGAUCAAAAACAGGAGUGAUUCCUAUGGGGCUGUGUCACUGCAAGGGAAUGGGAACGUCAACUCACCACCAAAGAGAAGAUACUCCUUUUCCUCACCUAUCACACCACACACAGAGGUGCUGCAAGACCCAAUUAUUAUCAGCAUUCUGGGACACAUGUUACGGGGCCACGGCUGGGAUGCCCACUAUGUCUUUGAAGUACAGAUACAGGUACUGGAUGAGAGGUGGCAGGUCUACCGGCGCUACUCCAAGUUCAGGGAGCUCCACGACUACAUGAAACGCAAAAUGCCUGCAAUCGGCCUGUUGAACUUUCCUCCUAAGAGGCUGUUCACCAACUGGUCUGAGAAGGCCAUCACCAAGCGCAGGGCAGACCUUGAGGUCUAUUUGAGGAACUUCAUCUCAAUGUGCAUGAAGGUUCCAUCCUGUCCCCUGGCCCCUGGACCUGACCGAGUCCUCUCCAAACAGACACUCUGCGACUUUGCCAUGUUCUUCCGCAAAGGAGCCUUUGAGACGACCAAAUAUGGAACAGGAUGAUGCAACCAUGGUGACAAGAUAGACUUCAUGCGUUCAGUCGAGUCAGAGGGCAGUGGUUUUGUAUCGCUGGGGUAUUAAACCAGGUGUACAUUUAUUGUAAGUAAAAAGAAAAAUGGAACCGCGCCCUCUGUGAUCCAUGCAAUGCAUAAGGUCCAAGUGGUGUUGACCUUGACUCUCAUUGUGAUAUUUUUACCGUAUACCCUCACAAAUCGUUUAAAAUCCACAAAGAAGGUUGUGUAGGAUUUACCAGGAUUUGAAAAAGAUGGAUCCCAUUAACAGUUUGUUUUAGUAAGGUGUGAUCACCAUUGAAAAUACAGAGAAUGUGCCAUUUUUUUUUGCCCCUGUGACAUUAUGUUCCUUAAUGUGCAUACUAGGACCUAGGGGCUUAUAAAUCUUGCAGUACUAGAAAUUUGGUGAGGUACAGAGUGCUUUAUUUUGCCUCAGCUUCACCUCGGGAAAAUUGAAUACUCCACAAAGUACAUUGGGAGGCUAGCUGUACUACAUCCCUCAAAGUAGUCAAUAUUUGUAUACAUUGUUGCUCAAAGCAGGCAAUAUUUGAAUACUAUAUCACUCAAAAGCAGUCAAUAUUUGAAUACUUUUAUAGCACUCAAAAGCAGUCAAUAUUUGCGUAUCUCUACCCCGGAAUAAGUUAAUUAUUUCAUCCCGGACUAUAUUUAUAUUAUUGAAUGACUCUAUUUCCCAUGGAAUGCAUACCGGUACCAUUCCAUUGCAGGUAGACGACUGCUAACUGAAUGCCACUUAAUUUCCAAGAUCAAGUAACGUUACAUGUACAUUCCUUCUUCGUUCCUUCAGUACUCAACUCAAA